AUGAUAAAAAGAAUCAUUUGCAGACCUACAAAGGUGCUUUUUUUGUUCAAGAAGGAGGAGUCUUUUCUCUAUGGACCCAGAGUGAAGAGUGCACCUCCGAUUGAGAUAAACUUUUCGACACUACCGAAGCCUGAACCAAGACCCGUGGUGAGAUUUACAAAAGCUGAUGGAACACCAAUAACAGAGGAUGAUCUGUUGGACCUGACUACAGACAGCGAAUCAAGUACAGACAGCGAUUGUGCAGUCAAUAAUAACAAACAAUCUUUGAGUGUUGAAGGAUCUGAAGUUAAGGAAGAAUUGGUGUAUGUAGAAGUCAUUGAGAAUAACACUUGUGUUGACAUUAUUGAGUCAAGAAUAGAGAAUGAUAUUCAGCAAGAGAUGAAGGUACCUGAUGAAGAUGGCAGAGCCAUGAUGCUGGAAAAUUUUUUGAAGAAGUUUUCAGGGAUGGAGAUUACUGUACAAAAGCCACGACUUAGCUAUGACAUUUUUGAGAUUCUAAGUGUUGAGGAAAGAAAGGUAAUACCUUUGAAUCUGAAGCUUAGAGUCAAAGGAGAUGUAAGAUAUGUAUACAAAGUUGAGAAGAACAAGAAAGAGACAUCGAUUGAGCUUGCAAGGCUUGAGUUUAACAGGCUCACAGCAAAGAACCUAGGGUUUGUUAUAAACAAUCUCAAGGAGAUCAAGGUUGAAACCAUUAAUGAAAUGAAGGAGAUAUCAACGAUUUUGUUUGAUAAGGCGGUUUCCGAACCAACUUUUGUAAAGUAUUAUGCAGUGCUUGUUCUUGACAUGAAGAAGGAUUGGCAAUCUGAGGAGGAAAAGAGUAAGAAUGCAAGCCAAACUGUUUUCUUUGGAACGCUUCUUACAUUAAUGCUGAAGACGCUUGAGAAUAGAGAGAAGUGGGGAGAUGGAAAAUACAAUAGCAAUCAAGGCAUGACUUUUGAGGAGAGAAAGGGUUAUGAAGAGAAGCUGGAGGAAGCAGAGACAGAACGAUAUGUGAAAAAGAGAAAGACGCUUGGAACAAUUAAUUUCCUAUCAUCGCUUUAUUCAUUGAAUGCUAUAAGUUAUUCGCAUGUAAAUGCUUGUAUUGAAGCAUUGAUGAAGUCGAAGGAUGCAGAGAAUGUCGAGGUGCUGUGUCACUUUAUUGAUAGCAUUGGUGAAAAGCUUGUUGUUAGUGGGAAGGAGCACAUUAUUUCCCAGGUAUGCACGAAUCUUGCACAUGACAAAGAUAAUUAUGAGAAUAGAAUCAAGUAUAUGAUAGAAUCAUUGUUAGAGAAGAGAGUUCAAUGGAAGCCAAAGGAAAAAAACACAAGAAACUUGUUCUCGUGUUUAGAGGUUGAGAAUGAAGAGCAGAAGUUAGAUCAAGUAGCAAGUGUGUGCACUAUUGCAGAGGUUUAUCCGCUUUUGUCGAUGAUGUCUGAAGAGCUAUCGAUGGCUUAUGAAGAGGAUGACAAGAAGAUAGUUUCAGAUAAUUUCAAAACUGGAGAGCAGAGGUUUGGGGUGUAUAUCUUCUACAAGGCAUACUUACAGGAAGCCAUUUGUAACCAUAAGGCUUCUGAAGCAUUUUUUGAUCUAUUUAUUUCGUUUAGAGCUGCAACUAGCAUCACUGAAGAUGAGCUGGUAAAUGUUCUACGCGAUAUCAAAAAUGAUUUGGGAGAGAUAUCAAUUGAUUUUCCGAUUUCACUCAAGAAGUAUGCAGAGCUUAUAACAAGAUUGAUGAUAGAGAGCAUGCUACCCAAUCACUUGUUUGAGCAGUUAAAAACUGAUGAUUACGAAUCGAAAGUCGUGGAGCUUCUUUCUAAAUGGUAUAAAUCUGAAAACGACAGAAAGAAAGCGCUUGCAGUUUUUCCAAGUGAAAAAAUAGAGGGAAUGAUCAAAAAAUAA